UCGGCGCUCGCAGACGCUCGGGGAACAUGGCGGCGGCGGAGCCCGCUGUUCCGGCGCUCCCUGGCAGCGGCGGUGUGGGCACGGGGGCGCCGUCGGGCACGGUCCCGGUGCUCUUCUGCUUCUCCGUCUUUGCGCGGCCCUCGUCUGUGCCGCACGGCGCGGGCUAUGAGCUGCUCAUCCAGAAGUUUCUCAGCUUGUACGGCGACCAGAUCGACAUGCACCGCAAAUUCGUGGUGCAGCUCUUCGCGGAGGAGUGGGGCCAAUACGUGGACCUGCCCAAGGGCUUCACGGUGAGCGAGCGCUGCAAGGUGCGCCUCGUACCGCUGCAGAUCCAGCUCACUACUCUGGGAAAUCUUACACCUUCAAGCACUGUGUUUUUCUGCUGUGAUAUGCAGGAAAGAUUUAGACCAGCCAUCAAGUAUUUUGGAGAUAUUAUUAGCGUGGGACAAAGACUGUUGCAAGGUGCACGGAUUUUAGGAAUUCCAGUUAUUGUAACAGAACAGUACCCUAAAGGCCUUGGAAGCACUGUUCAAGAAAUUGAUUUAACAGGUGUAAAACUGGUACUUCCAAAGACAAAGUUUUCAAUGGUAUUACCAGAAGUUGAAGCAGCAUUAGCAGAGAUUCCUGGAGUUAGAAGUGUUGUACUAUUUGGAGUAGAAACUCAUGUAUGUAUCCAGCAAACUGCUCUGGAGCUCAUUGGCCGAGGAAUUGAGGUUCAUAUUGUUGCUGAUGCCACUUCAUCAAGAAGCAUGAUGGACAGGAUGUUUGCUCUUGAGCGCCUUGCUCGAACUGGGAUCAUAGUGACCACGAGUGAGGCUGUUCUGCUGCAGCUGGUCGCAGAUAAAGACCAUCCAAAAUUCAAGGAAAUCCAGAAUCUCAUUAAGGCGAGUGCUCCGGAGUCCGGUCUGCUGUCUAAAGUAUAGGACAUUUGAAGGACUGGUACCCUCCUCACCACCAGGUGAAGGAUUGUAAGCCCAGACAAGCUCUUGUUUCUACUAAAAUUAAAAUGUUAAGUCAAAAAUGGCUCCUUCUUUGCGGCUCUUAGUAACAUGUAAGCGGCUAGACUACUUGGUACUGGCAUUUAGUUACCAAUGUCAAAGGCUUCAGGUGCUGCCCACCUUCUUUUUCCUUAAUGUGCUUUUAUUUAUUAAAAAAAAUACAAUGGAGGUGCCUGUUUUGUCUAUAUUGUAUACACUAUUAUACCUUUCAAAAGUGCACACUCUGGUGAAGUUUUCUUAAAUUGUGCACUUUAGAGAAAAAAAAAUAUGUAUUGAUGAUGAUUUGACUUUUAUAUUAUUGUAAGAUGUAUGUUAUAAUGUUAAGGUGGAUUCAGGGCUUUCACAUUACAGGUCAAUUGAAAUAGGAUUAUUACACAUGAAUUUAAAAAGAGGACUCUGGUUCCCAUUGUCCACUUCUCAUAAUGUUAUUGAAUUACUUAUUGAGUGAGUUGCACUGAUCUAACCAGACCAAAUUAUGUUGAAUAAUUAUUUGUCUUUAUUGAUUGUACUGAUUUUCUCAUUCUGAUCCCCACCACUAAUUCUCUAUUCUUUUUUUUUUUUUUUUGAUGAAAUCUUUUAUCAAGAAAGAUUCAUUGUGUCAUUGCUUAUUUUAUUUCAAUUUUGUAAACAGAUGGAAUGGUUUGCAAUGCCAUAUCAUUAAUGGAGUAUGUUUUUAACAUCUCUUUAGUAGGACUUUAUCUGAAUUGUCUUUUCAAUCAUCUUGAGUAUACCUUUUAGUAGGGACAAACAAGAUUUAGCAGAAAGUUAAAGGGUGGGUGAAAAUGUAGCUUUAAAAUAUACAUUUUCCAUUUCAUAUUUUCUCUGCCUACCCUCCAAAUGUGGUUAAUGCAAAGGCAUCAGUAGUGAUUGGGAAGUACUAAUUUUGCAGUCAUUGUUACCCUUCAAUAAAUUUAUUUUUAUCAAAUACUUAUUUUAGUGUUUUAAAAUUGUUUUUUUUUAACACUGUGUGAAAUGUGGAACAGUGUUUUUAUAUUAAAGUAAUUAAGGAAAAUGUAUUAUGUGAAUGAAAUUAUUUUGUCCCCCAUAAGAUGGCUCUGUGAGUACUAGUCCGUGGAUUCUAAUAUUUAUUCAAAGGUAAUAAAACUUUGACAUUUAUAAUCUUUCAGCUCAUGGGCCUUUUAAAGGAAACUUCUUUGCAGGUGAGAGCAGAUGGAUUUUACUGAAGGACCUUUUCAUUAAGAGCAGUAGAAAAAAAUUUUUUCCCUUUUGUUCAUGUUAACAAACAGCAGCUGAGCAUUCUUUUUGUCAGUAUGUUUAAGUAUGUCUUCCAGAUAUUUGUGAGUCAGAAAAGAAGAAUUAAAGAUUUCUGCAUGUUUUAAAAUAGCUUUUAAUACUUUUUUCCUUUUUUAAAAUUUUUUAUUGGUUCUUUUUAGUUAUACAUAACAUUAGGAUUCAUCCUGACAUAAUUAUAACAACAUGGACUAUAAUUUGCUCUCAUUCUGUUCCCAGUACUUUCUCUUUCCUCUCCCUCCUUCCUCACUGUUUCCUUCCCUGUACUUCUCCUGAUCUUUCUGCUAUUUACUUAGUUGUUUUCUUUUCUUUUUAAAUUAGUGACCUGUGGACAUACACAAUGGUGAGAUUCACCGUGGAGUAUUCAUUUAUGCACAUAGGAAAGUUAGGUUUUUAAUAAAUGUAGUGCUUCUCAAACUUUAAUUUCAAUGCAGAUUAUCUGGGGGUCUUGUUAAAAGGCUGGCUCUGGCAAUUUUUGCAUCCCCCUCAAAACACACAAACAAACAAGCAAAGAAACAAACCCAAAAGCAAACAAACAAAAAACAUGUCCAGCAAUCUCCCACCAGGGUUAAUUAGAAGGGACCACACUUGGAGUAGAAGGAUUUAACUCAUAAACAACUGUUUCCCCCAUUGCUCCCAGGCCUAUCACAUCUCAACUGAUAAUGCUUUGGUGGUGAAGCCUUCUCACAGCUGAAACCAAUUCUGUAACCUGGCAUAACUAGUUUCUUAUGGCUGUUGUAACAAAUUGCCACAAAAUUUUUGUCUUAAAACAAUAAACUGUUAUCUUACAGUCUGUAGGUUAGAAGUUUAAAGUAGGUCUCUUUGGACAGAAAUCAAGCAUGGUGUUGCAAGGCUGUGUUAUUUUCUGGAGCCUAUGGGGAGGAUCUAUUCCUCUGCUGCUGGAAUCUGCUCACAUAUUUUGGUUUUUGCAGCCCUGUUCCUCCAUCUUCCAAGACAACAAAGGAGGAUCUGGUCCUUCUUAGUCUCAUCUGUCAUGCUCUUCUCCCCGUCUUCCUUCCUACCUAGCUUAAGAGCUCAUGUGAUUUAAGGUCCACUGAUCAGCAGCCUUAUUGUAUCUGUACCUUCAAUUCAGUUUUGUCCUGUGAAACAUAGGCUCCAGGGAUUGGGAUGUGGACAUCUUUGGAGGCUGUUUUGUAAGACACAUUUGCCAUGGAGUGAUUUAGUAUUUUAUUUCGUUUUAUCAUUUGUCCUGUUUCCAUCAUUUCCAUUUGAAGCAAGACCCUUGCACUAUCUAUAUUUAUCUAGAAACACUUUGUACCUCCUGAGUUUUAAAGAUGUACUAUGUGCUGGGCAUAAAAAGAUGCCCCUAAAUACUUAUCGUGUGACACAAAAUCAGACAUAUCAUAACCUUUCAGUAAAUGUGAAUUGAAUUAUGUCAAAAGUCCAAGAAUGUUAAUACAGUAAAGUUCAGAAUAAUUUAAUUGUGAAUUCUGCCUUCUCUCAUCUUUUUUUGUAGAUAAUGCCAAGAAGGUGACAAAGCUUUAUUUUAAAGGAGAACUGAAUUGAUUUUAAUAUAUUAGCCUUGAAAUUGGAAGCAUCUAUGUAACUUUGUAGGAUAAUGAAAUUCUUUUAAUUGAUAAAUAAAGAACUGGAGAACAUAAGUAAA